AUGACCAGAUGGGUCAGCCUGCACAUGAUCUCUCUCGGCUCGCUGCUGUUCUUUGCUGCUGCUGGCUGGGGAUCCACGUGCCUCAGCGAGGACAAGCUGAAUAAAAGAGUCGAAAGGUUUGAGAGGACUUACUGGAGCAACCUCAGCUCCUAUCAAAAGCUGGAGGGCGCGCAGACGUGCGUGGAGGCGGCCGCAGAAAUGCGCGGAGCAAUGAACCGGCGCUCCCUGUCACCAUGGAAGUACAACAUAUCCCGAAACGACAGCAGGUUUCCUCACGAGAUCGCUUUCGCUAAGUGUCUUUGUAACGGCUGCAUCAUCAACGGGCGUGAAGACACGAGCUACAACUCUGUCCCUGUGGUCGUUAAGCUGGUGGUUCUGAGGAAGACGCCGUGCCCAUGGGACAAAACCAAAUUCGUGGUGAAAAACGAUUCUGAGGCUAUCGCUGUGGGCUGCACUUGUGUUGUACCCAAAUCAUCGAACUAACCAUCGUAAUCACAUCAGUGCUGAUUCUUUAUUAACCAAGUUAACCAAAAAAACGAAAUAUUCCAUCCUGUAGCUUGGGGUUAAAUUACUCUGCUUCUGUGUUAUCUAUGAAUGUGUCACUAGUGUAAAUGUUUCUUUAUGGGAAAUGUUUUCUGAAAGCAGGAACGUCUGAGUAGUUUUGUGUCAGUUUAAAAGAGUUUUUAAAAGAGUAGCAUGUUCCUGCAACAGAGGAAGCUGCAAGUUUCCUAGGACUCUGCUUUUUCGGAUAGAUACUAGUAUGUAGUCACCGUAACCCUACAUACAUGUGCUAGCAUUAGCAUUUAGCUCAAAGCUGUGCCUAAUGGUGCGUUCUAGUUGAACUGGGAAGUCAGAAUUUUCCAAGUUCCCAAAAAUUUCAUCUGGAACUCCCGCUGAAGUGGGACUUUUAACAAAAACAAUCAUUUCACUUUGUUAAAAUCAUAUGGGGUUCAAACUCGUAUAUCUAUAUUAGAUGCUAAAUUAUCUCAGAUUAGGGAUAGUGAACCCCAAACUGCUAUCAAUCAAUCAGUUAAAGCAGCAUUUUACUGUUGUAGCUUGAGGUGGAGCUAGUUUGAACUACUUUAUAUCAGAGCUGACAACUUUUCAGCUGAAUUUGGAGUGCAAUUAGGUAUUCAAAGUUGUUCAAAGUGCAUUUUAAGGAGUAAGCCUUCUGAGACAUUACCCCCCAAUGUAGCACAAGUAGACUUUAUAUUUCACAAUGAUUGUUUACCUUCAGAUUGUUUAUAGAUCUUACUGUUUCCGACCGCACUUCAAGGCAACUUCAUUUCACGGAGAAAGAGAGAAAUAAAAGAGACAAAGGGACUGAGGAAAAAGUCAGCUGUUCCACAAAAUCCCGGGCAGUUCAGUGCUUGUGUU